AUGGCUAAAGAAACGUUUGAAAGGACUAAGCCACACGUCAAUGUUGGAACAAUCGGCCACGUUGACCACGGUAAGACAACACUGACAGCUGCGAUUACUAUGGUGCUCUCAAAACUCGCUGGCGCAGAUUACGUCAUGGAGUAUGACGAAAUCGAUAAGGCACCUGAAGAAAAAGAACGUGGCAUUACAAUUAACACAGCACACGUUGAGUAUGAAACCGAGAACCGGCAUUACGCACACGUCGAUUGCCCCGGACACGCUGACUAUAUCAAGAACAUGAUUACAGGUGCAGCACAGAUGGACGGCGCGAUUCUCGUCGUAUCCGCCGCUGACGGUCCCAUGCCUCAGACGCGUGAGCACGUGCUACUCGCACGGCAGGUGAAUGUGCCAUCUCUCGUCGUUUUUCUGAAUAAGGCAGACAUGGUCGAUGAUGAAGAGCUGCUCGAACUCGUCGAAUUAGAAGUCCGUGAAUUGCUAAACGCUUACGACUUCCCCGGGGAUGAUGUUCCUAUGAUCACAGGUUCCGCUCUUGAAGCAAUGGAAUCUGGUGGCGAUCCGGAAAGCGAAGCAUGCCAGCCUAUUCUUGAACUCAUGGCAGCUGUUGAUGAACACAUUCCAGAACCCAUUCGCGAUACCGAUAGACCCUUCCUGAUGCCGAUUGAAGAUAUCUUCACCAUCAGUGGACGCGGUACCGUUGUUACUGGAAGAGUGGAACGCGGCAUCAUUGAAAUUGGAAAGACCGUUGAAAUCGUUGGAUUACGCGAAACCCAGGAUACUGUUGUCACAGGUGUUGAGAUGUUCCGUAAAAACCUCAACGAAGGUCAAGCUGGCGACAACCUCGGCGCACUAUUGCGUGGUAUUGAGCGUGACUCAGUCGAACGUGGACAAGUUUUGGCAAUCCCCGGAAGCGUUACGCCACAUACCAAAUUUGAAGCCGAAGCCUACAUUCUCACAAAAGAUGAAGGCGGACGCUGGAAUCCAUUCUUUAGCGGAUACAGACCGCAGUUCUACUUCCGAACAACUGAUGUAACCGGAAAGAUGGAUCUCCCUGAAGGCAUCGAAAUGAUUAUGCCUGGCGACAAUGCACAGAUCACCGUAGAACUCUCCAAACCGAUAGCGAUGGAAGAACAACUCCGAUUCGCAAUCCGGGAAGGUGGACAGACCAUCGGUGCCGGUGUUGUCUCCAAAAUUAUUGAAUAA